CUGAGGCUAAGAGGUGUCAACUGUGCGACUUCACUUCCACAGUAGUUACUUGUUUACUGUGUUGCGCAGGGAAUUAUUCCAACAUUUAACAAUAUUACAGGCUUUUUCACUUAAAAAUCAGAGAAUUUAUAGAUCAGGGUGCCAACCAUGGCCAUGGAGGCAAUAGAAGACGGUCCACUCGGCGAAGAAGAGGAGGAAAUCGACGACACCAAGUUAGCGUUGGAAGGCGUUCAUAUGAUGCUGAACAACGGGAUACAAGAGGCUCGGGUUCUGUUUGAGAAGUACAAAGAUUACAGCCCAUCCAUGAAUGCAGGGUACAGCUUCAUCACUUUCAUGCAAGCAAUGAUGACAUUUGAAGAUGAAAAGUUGGCCGAGGCCAUGAAGCUUCUGCAGCAGACACAGAAGAAAUGUGAGCUUGGAGAGGGAUUUGUGAAAUACAUGAAGAGAAAAUUUUCACGAAAGAAAACAGAGGUUAAAGAAGCAACGCUCUCGCUGGAAGACAAAUUCACACGUCAGAUCAUCGUGGCAGACUGCAUGAUGCACCAGGCCGUGCUGACGUUCAUCAACCAGGACAUCUCCAGCUACGUCAAGGGCGGAUGGCUCAUGAGAAAAGCCUGGAAAAUCUACGAAAAAGUCUACAGAGAGAUCAAAGCUCUCUAUGACAAAGAGUCUUGGCCUGACGCCAACGGGGGCGUCGCCCUGUCGGCUCCCCCUUCUGCUGUGGAUAUGUCUUCCUUUGAGAAUAGUUUGGACUCUAAAACUGGCAGCGAUGAGACAGGCGGCUCUGCUAACAUUCCACAUAGUGAUAGCAGAACCAGUAUGUCCAGUAUGUCCAGCACUGGAGUGAGUGGGGUUAGCGGUGACUUGUCCAAGGCGGAGCUGCACGGGGAAAGGCUGGCCCGGCUGAUGGGUGCAGUCAGUUUUGGCUAUGGUCUGUUUCAACUGUGUAUAUCUCUUAUACCGCCAAAGAUACUUAAGUUGAUUGAAUUUAUAGGUUUUGAAGGCAAUAGAGAAGUGGGUCUGGCAGCAAUGGAGUUCUCCAGCCAUAGUAGUGAUGCCAAGGCUCCUCUGGCCACAUUGGGACUGCUGUGGUACCAUACUGUGAUACGGCAAUUCUUUGCUUUAGAUGGAAAUAACAUCCAUGCAGGAGUGGAAGAAGGAGAGAAGAUAAUUGAAAGGAUAGAGAAGACAUAUCCCAAUUCUGCUCUCUUCUUGUUCUAUAAGGGAAGAGUUCAGAGGUUGAAGGGCGAUGUGGAUAUGUCUAUAGCCACCUUUCAACAUGCCCUGGAGAGAUGUGAGGGGGAGAGGGAAGUGCAACAUAUAUGUGUAUAUGAAAUGGGGUGGUCAAAUUUAAUGAAAUUAAACUGGAGAGACUCUUUUGCUGCAUUUACAAGGAUGAAGGAGGAGUCCCGCUGGUCCAAGGCAUACUACGCCUACUUAUCUGGGGUGUGCCAGGGAUCCCUGGGGGAUGUAAAGGGGGCACACACCAUGUUUAGGGAGGUGCCGGCACUGGUGAAGAGGAAGAAUAACCAGAUUGAGAGCUUUGUGGCUAGGAGGGCUAAUACUUUCAAGAAGCAGGCACCUGACCAGGACCACUGUAUCCUGCUAGGAUUGGAAAUUCUCUACCUGUGGAAUGCUCUGCCUCUUUGUAGCAAGGACUGUCUGGAUAAGAUGAUGGAGGAGUGUUCCAAAAUUGAGGACAAGAAGUUGUUCCAUUUGCGUAGCUUGGUAGAGGGCGCUCUCCACAAGUUAUCAGACAACGAGGAGAUGGCUGCAGUGUGUUUUGAGGAGGCCAUAGCUCGUCACCAGGGUAUGAAGGAUGACCAGCAUGUGGCUGCCUUUGCUAUGUACGAGCUGGGAAUUAUACUGAUACAGAAACCAGAGACCCUAGCUAAUGGAAAAAGUUACCUGCUCAAAGCUAAAGAUGGAUUCAAGGAAUAUGACUUCGAGAAUCGCCUAGGAGUCAGAAUACAUCUUACCCUGAAAAGAUUAAAAGAGGGCGCCACAUCCUGAACAAAAACAACUAUAAGAAAUAUAUUGAGCAUGUAUCAUAUUUUGAAUAAAGGUCACUUAACUGAAAGUGAAGCGACAUAUUUUAAGUACAAUUCUAACUUUAAACAAGAUUAUAUGUCAUAGUCCAAUGUUGGAGCGUUCUCUAAAGAAAUUCAGUGCUGGCUAUAAGCAGUAUUUUCUGUUUUUAAAAAAAAUCACUAAAGAAUCCUGGAGUGAACAGGAAGCAGCAAUGUGAUAACAGAGAGAUUUAUGUACAGAUAACCAAGGCUCGGCUGUGUUUGAUACAGAUGUAACUUUAAAACCUUUAGAGCACGUGAUGGGCAUUAGAGCUUUAUACACCAAAUAUUGAUUUUCCUAGAAAUUCCCGCACUUUUUUUCUUUAUCACUAAGAUGCAAUAUAUCCAAAACUGUUUGCAAAAUUCAAAUCUGUAAACCCCAUUGAGUAUUUUAAAAAAGUAGUUGGAUAGUGGUGAAUUUCACUCAUAAUGAAAAAAAAAUGAAAAUUUAUAACUAAAAAACAGGUGUUUAGAUAUUUUCUCAGUAGUUUUGGAUAGGAUAUAUUUUGUUGAUAAAGGAAAACUGAUGGAACUUGUAUGUAAGCCUUUAAAUCAUGCCUUCAGCUUUUGUCAUUUAUAAUCCAUACAAACAGUCAUAUGUAUCAAUUUAUUUAUCUGUAAUGAUCUUAGUUCAAUUGAUUAUAGUUCAAGAUGUAAGAGAUAAGCAGGAAUUUAUUUAUUUACAGUUAAUGACUCGAUCCUUUCAAUGGGCAGAUACAUAAUU